GGAGGCUGGGGCUUGCAUGUGGAAGACAAAUCAACAGUGUUUGGCACAACACUCAACUACGUAGCCCUGAGGAUCCUGGGGCUCGGACCAGAUGACCCUGAUGUUGUGCGGGCCCGUGUCAACCUGCACAGCAAAGGAGGUGCUGUGGGAAUCCCUUCCUGGGGGAAGUUUUGGCUGGCUGUCUUGAACGUUUACAGCUGGGAGGGAAUGAACACGCUUCUUCCAGAGAUGUGGCUGCUUCCUACGUGGUUCCCAGCCCACCCGUCCCGGCUCUGGUGCCACUGCCGCCAGGUGUACCUCCCCAUGAGCUACUGUUAUGCCAAACGUCUGUCAGCAGAAGAGGACGAGCUCAUACGGAGUGUACGGGCAGGUGUGUCCGUGCGGGACUACGCCAGCAUCGACUGGCCAGCCCAGAGAAACAACGUGGCGGCCUGUGAUGUGUACACCCCACACAGCUGGCUGCUGGGGGUCGCCUAUGCCAUCAUGAACGUGUAUGAAGCGCACCACAGCACUCACCUGCGGCAGCGAGCUGUCACAGAGCUGUAUGACCACAUCAAGGCUGAUGACAGAUUCACCAAGUGCAUCAGCAUCGGGCCGAUUUCAAAGACGAUCAACAUGCUCGUUCGCUGGUUCGUGGAUGGGAAGAACUCCUCAGCUUUCCAAGAACAUGUUUCCAGGAUCCCUGACUAUCUCUGGCUGGGCCUCGAUGGCAUGAAAAUGCAGGGCACAAAUGGAUCCCAGCUCUGGGACACUGCCUUUGCCAUCCAAGCCUUCUUGGAGGCAGAAGCCCAGGAGAUGUCUGAAUUCACGUCCUGCCUCCAAAAUGCCCAUGAAUUCCUCCGGUUCACCCAGAUCCCAGAGAACCCACCCGACUACCAGAAAUACUAUCGCCACAUGAACAAGGGUGGCUUCCCCUUCAGCACCCGAGACUGUGGCUGGAUCGUGGCAGACUGCACAGCAGAGGGGCUGAAGUCAGUAAUGCUUCUGCAGAAGAAGUGCCCCUUCAUAGCCAAGCUUGUCCCCCCCGAACGCCUCUUUGAUGCUGUGAAUGUGUUGCUGAGCAUGAGGAACUCGGAUGGAGGCUUUGCCACAUACGAAACCAAGCGAGGAGGCCUUUUUCCCUCAGAGGUGUUUGGUGACAUCAUGAUUGACUACACCUAUGUGGAGUGCACAUCCGCUGUCAUGCAGGCACUGAAACACUUCCAUGAUGAGUUCCCUGAGCACAGAGCUCCAGAGAUCAGAGAGACUCUGCAGAAGGGCCUGGACUUCUGUCGCAAGAAGCAGCGAGCUGAUGGGUCAUGGGAAGGGAGCUGGGGAGUUUGUUUCACCUACGGCACCUGGUUUGGGCUGGAGGCAUUUGCCAGUAUGCAGCACACAUACCAUGAUGGGGCUGCAUGCCGAGAGGUGGCCCAGGCCUGCCAGUUCCUCCUCUCCAAGCAGAUGGCAGAUGGCGGGUGGGGAGAGGACUUUGAGUCAUGCGAGCAGCGCACCUACGUGCAGAGCACUGAGUCACAGAUCCACAACACGUGCUGGGCCCUGCUGGGGCUCAUGGCUGUCAGGUACCCUGACAUUGAUGUGCUGGAAAGGGGCAUCAAACUUCUGAUUGACAAGCAGCUGCCCAAUGGGGACUGGCCUCAGGAGAAUAUUGCUGGUGUGUUCAACAAGUCAUGUGCCAUCAGUUACACCGCAUACUGCAACGUCUUCCCCAUCUGGACAUUAGGCCGUUUCUGCCGGCUGCAUCCCAACAGCCCUCUUGCUGGGAAGCUGCGCUCCGGAUCCUUGGAUGGGACAGGGAAGACAGUGCCAGAGGCUUUGUCUGCCUAA